AUGGCCACCAACGGGACCACGCAGAAGCUCCGCGUCGUCAUCGGCAGCGAUGACGCUGGCGUGGGCUACAAGUCCAAGAUCCACGCCGACCUGAAGGCGGACCCCCGCGUCUCGGAAGUCAUCGACGUCGGCGUCAAGGCCAGCGAGGAUAAGACGGCGUAUCCGCACGUCGCCGUCGACGCUGCCAAGCUCAUCAGCGAAGGCAAGGCCGACCGGGCCAUCCUCAUCUGCGGCACCGGUCUGGGCGUCGCCAUCAGCGCCAACAAGGUGCCCGGCAUCCGCGCCGUCACUGCCCACGACAGCUUCAGCGUCGAGCGCGCCGUGCUCAGCAACAACGCCCAGGUCCUGUGCAUGGGCGAGAGGGUCGUCGGCAUCGAGCUUGCCAGGCGCCUGGUAAAGGAGUUCCUGGGCUACACGUUCGACCCGCACAGCGCCAGCGCGCAAAAGGUCCAGGCCAUCAUGGACCACGAGAAGAACAACUUCGCCAUCAGGACCUGA